GAUCUCGCUCAUCUCGCGCGCGCGCUCGGGGGCCGCUCGCAAACCCCGCGGCGCUCCAGCCCUCCCAGCGGCCGCCCUUAGCCCGGCGCGGGCUUCCGUCGCCGCGGGGAGGGUGUGAUUUUAUUUCUACCCCCGUCGUGCGCGCCGCUCCUCUCCUCUCCUCUCUCCCCCGCCGGAAAAGGGGGUCCCCUGCCAUUGGUGCCGAGGGGAGGCGCAUCGGCCAGCUGGUUGGGAGAGGGGAUGCGGCGGGCUGCGGGUCCGGGCAGGAGGAGGAGGGCCGUGAGGCGGUGACGGCGCGCGCGGGCGCGAUGUCGGACGCUUCGUCGGAUCUCGGCGGCGCCCGGCCCGGGGCCGUGGAGCGCGACAUCGAGCAGGCCAUCACUGCUCUCAAGAAAGGAGCAUACUUGCUGAAGUACGGGCGUAGAGGGAAGCCAAAAUUUUGCCCAUUUAGGCUUUCCAAUGUGAGCUUUGUUUACAUUUUUUCUCAGAAUUGGAAAUCAUCUCUGUUUAUCCCUCAGAUUUAUGGAUAUUCUUGCAAUUUUUUGCUCCUUCAGGAUGAAUCUAUAUUAAUAUGGUUCUCAGGGAAAGAGGAAAAGCAGCUAAGGUUGAGCCACGUGUCCAGAAUAAUUCCUGGACAACGAACAGCAAUUUUUCAGAGGUAUCCACGGCCAGAAAAGGAAUGCCAGUCAUUUUCUCUCAUAUCUCAUGAUCGAUCAUUGGACAUUAUAUGCAAGGAUAAAGAUGAAGCCGAAGUAUGGUUUGCUGGGCUAAAAACACUCAUAUCACGUAGUCAUCAAAGGAAAUGGAGAACGGAAUCAAGAAGUGAUAUGCUUUCCUCUGGUACAACUAGCCCCAGAACUUACACAAGACGAAGUUCUCCAUUGAGUUCCCCUUUCAGCAGCAAUGACAGUGUCCACAAGGAUGGUAGUGAAAAUUACCGACUUCGUAGUCCAUUUGGGAGCCCACCAAAGAUCGGCCUGGAGAAGGCCUUUUCUGACAUUGUAUCAUAUGCAGCCCCUCCCAAGCCAUUCUUCCCAUCAGAUUCUAAUGCCGGAUCUAUCCACUCUGUGUCUUCUGGGCAGUCAGAUAACACAAAUUUACACUCAAGGGGCAUCCCAAUGGAUGCUUUCCGUGUUAGUCUAUCAAGUGCUGUUAGCUCGUCAAGUCAUGGUUCUGGUCAUGAUGAUGGUGAUGCCCUAGGUGAUGUUUUCAUAUGGGGAGAGGGAACUGGGGAAGGAAUUCUUGGUGGUGGCAAUUCGAGAGUUGGGAACUCCUCAGGUGCAAAGAUGGAUUGUCUUGUACCAAAACCACUGGAGUUUGCUGUUAAACUUGAUGUACAGAACAUUUCUUGCGGAGGAAGGCAUGCCACACUAGUCACUAAGCAGGGAGAGAUUUACUCUUGGGGUGAGGAAUCAGGUGGACGUCUUGGUCAUGGUGUAGAUUGUGAUGUGCCCCAGCCAAAGCUUAUUGAUGCUCUUGCUAAUAUGAACAUUGAGCUAGUAGCAUGUGGUGAGUACCACACUUGUGCAGUUACGCUCUCUGGUGAUCUGUACACUUGGGGAAAUGGUACCUUCAAUUCUGGGCUUUUAGGCCAUGGGAAUGAAGUCAGUCACUGGUUACCCAAAAGGGUGAAUGGACCGUUAGAGGGCAUGCAUGUUUCAUCUAUUUCAUGUGGUCCUUGGCACACAGCUAUAGUAACUUCUGCAGGGCAGCUAUUCACAUUUGGAGAUGGAUCUUUUGGAGUUCUAGGUCAUGGAGAUAGACAGAGUCUUUCGGUUCCUAGGGAAGUCGAAUCCCUCAAAGGACUACGGACUGUUCGUGCAGCAUGUGGUGUUUGGCACACUGCCGCUGUUGUUGAAGUGAUGGUCGGUAAUUCUAGUUCCAGCAACUGUUCUUCUGGAAAGAUUUUUACAUGGGGUGAUGGUGAUAAAGGCCGUUUAGGACAUGGUGACAAAGAUGCAAGACUUGUUCCAACGUGUGUAGCUGCUUUGGUCGAGCCCAACUUUUGUCAAAUAGCUUGUGGUCAUUGUAUGACGGUGGCGCUGACUACCUCAGGGCAUGUAUAUACAAUGGGAAGUCCUGUUUAUGGUCAGCUUGGAAAUCCGCAAGCAGAUGGCAUCCUUCCUGUGCGUGUUGAAGGGAAGCUACAUAAAAACUUUGUGGAGGAGAUCUCAUGUGGUGCUUAUCAUGUCGCUGUCUUGACUUCAAGAACUGAGGUGUACACAUGGGGUAAAGGUGCAAAUGGUCGGUUAGGACAUGGAGAUACGGACGAUAGGAGUUGUCCUACUUUGGUUGAAGCUCUGAAAGAUAAGCAAGUCAGAACUGUUGUUUGUGGGAUUAACUUCACUGCAGCAAUAUGCAUUCACAAGUGGGUUUCUGGAGUUGAUCAGUCCAUGUGUUCUGGAUGUCGGUUGCCAUUUAACUUGAGGAGAAAACGUCAUAAUUGCUACAAUUGUGCACUUGUAUUUUGUCAUUCCUGCAGCAGCAAGAAAUCUCUGAAAGCUUCAUUAGCACCAAACCAAAACAAGCCUUAUCGUGUCUGUGAUAGCUGCUACAGCAAGCUGAACAAGGGGCCUGAGACAGACAGAUAUUCUUCAGCAAAGCGGGGAUCUGUCAUACAGGGGUUCAAUGAUUCUGUUGACGAUGAGUUGGAGACAAAAUCAAAUGCCCAAUUGUCUAGAUUGACAUCAUUGGAGUCUUUCAAGAACAUGGAUAAUAGAACUUCAAAGAAAAACAAGAAGUUUGAGUUCAAUAGCAGUCGUGUUUCCCCUAUUCCAAAUGGCAGUUCUCACUGGAGUGGGCUCAACAUCUCAAAAUCCUUUGGCUCAUCAAAGAAGUUUUUUUCAGCAUCAGUUCCUGGGUCUAGAAUUGUUUCAAGGGCAACAUCACCUGUUUCAAGAAGAGCAAGCCCUCCUCGAUCCACAACUCCAACACCUACUUUGGGUGGUCUAACCUCUCCUAGAGUGGUGGAUGGUGUGAAGCCAAAUGAUAGCAUAAGCCAAGAAGUUUUAAGUUUGAGGUCUCAGGUGGAAAAUCUUACUCGUAAGUCUCAGCUACUGGAAGCUGAUUUGGAGAGAACAACUAAACAGUUGAAGGAAGCUAUUUCAAUUGCAGGGGAGGAAACUGCGAAGUGCAAAGCUGCAAAGGAAGUAAUUAAAUCAUUAACUGUUCAGUUGAAGGGCAUGGCAGAGAAGCUACCUGAAGGAGCAGUAGUAGUGAAGAAUAGCAGACUGCCACCGCUGCCAGGAAUUUCUAUUCCAACUGAUAUAUCAGUUGCAUCUGAUAAUUUGAGUAGUCCAAGAAGUUCUGGAGAAACCUGUUUGAACGGUUCAAAUGGGUUGCUUGUUUCCAAUGGACCAGCUUCAGUUAGAAAUAAGUUGAGUCACCCUGAAAUUGCUAAGAAUGGAACAAGGCUACCUGAUUCAGAUGCUAAGCAUGAGUCUGAAUGGGUAGAGCAAGAUGAACCAGGGGUGUAUAUCACUCUAACUGCCCUACCUGGAGGCACUCGAGAUCUCAAGAGGGUCCGGUUCAGCCGGAAGCGUUUCAGUGAGACACAAGCAGAACAAUGGUGGCAAGAGAAUAGGGCACGGGUAUAUGAGCAGUAUAAUGUUCGAGUGGUCGACAAAUCGGCUGGCAGUAUUGAUAAUGAAGUACAACAUUGACAUAAGAAAUUGACUUGCUCAGUCACUACGAAGCUCUCAAAGCUCUCUCACCGUCGAGCAUGGGUGCUAACGCGGCUAUGAUAUUUUGAUUAGGCCUAGAAGAGGAGGGGCCCGCUGUUUGAAAAAUGUGGGCUUGCAUUCUUUUUACAUGAUUCUUUCCUCUUCCAUUUCCCUUGUGUUGAAUGUAGAGUGUUCAAGCAGAAGUGAUGUAAAUGGUUAGUGGCAGCUGGCUAAUCUGUCCUGUAAAUGCAUAAGCAAGUGCAUCAAUUUUAGACUAUGCUCUUCCUCAUUUUCCUUUAAUUAAUUGGCAAAUAUAGGUGCAAAAUCUAAGAAAUGCUGAAGAAA